UGGACACACACACACACACACACACACACACACGCUCACUCACUCACUCAUUCACACACACACUCUUCCACACUCUACAGAGAAAGCCUGACGAUACCGAACCCCGCCCCCACCCCCUGACCUUUGACCCCUGGAGCAGAGGAAUGUUCCCCGACGACCCGUCCGUGGGGGCGCGCCCUCUCUGAGGGUGUGUGGAGGAGGAAGGGGAGGAGCCAUGGAGCCAGGGGCGGCGGCAUCUGGGGGCAGCCCCCUGCCAGUGGGUGGGCUGCGGUGCCUCUCUCUGGCCUAUCAGGGCCUGCUGGAGAUCCCCUACGAGCCCAUCCUGCAGCAGAGGGACUCUCUAGAGGUGCUGGACCUCAGCUACAACCUGCUGGACGAGAGCCCUGCUCUGCUGGGGGAGCUGGGGAGGCUGAGCACCCUCAUCCUGGACUGCAACAACUACUCUGCCCACGUCAAGUUCCCCUACAUGCCGGGCCUCAGCACUCUCUGGAUCAACAAGAACAAGAUCGGCAACCUGCCCACCAUCGUCGAGGAGAUACGCUGCAAGUUCCCCAACAUCAAGAUUCUGAGCAUGAUGAACAAUGAAGCAGCUCCCAGCUACUUUAAUGGAGGAAGUCUGCCACAGUACCUGGACUACAGGCUGUAUGUGAUCAGUCAGCUGUCCAGUCUGGAGGUCCUGGACGACACCGAGGUUCAGGAGGAGGAGCGUGCGCUAGCCAGGAGGACCUACCGCGUGCAGCGCUUACGCGAGAGCAACAAGAGAAAGAAAGACCUGCCCCACUGACUUCAUGAGCACUUACUGCUGAGGAAGACAAAACUGUCCCACUGACCAAACAAGGGCAGCAAGAGGACAGAACUGCCAUGAUCGCUGAUGACAUCCUCCCUCAUUCCUCCAGUGCACCAGCCAGUUAGCGCUAGGCCACCUGCCCCGUCUGUGUGCAAGCCAGUUAGCGCUAGGCUACCUGUCCCCCUUGUGUGCUAGCCAGUUAGCGCUAGGUUACCUGUCCCCCCUCGGUGCAAGCCAGUUACCGCUAGGCCACCUGUCCCCCUUGUGUGCAAGUCAGUUAGCGCUAGGCCACCUGUCCCCCUUGUGUGCAAGCCAGUUAGCGCUAGGUUACCUGUUCCUCCAGUGUGCUAGCCAGUUAGCGCUAGGUUACCUGUUCCUCCAGUGUGCAAGCCAGUUAGAGCUAGUCUACCUGUCUUCCCAGGUGCUAGCCAGUUGUCACUAGGCUACCUGCCCCACACAAUCCCUCUGUGCUGGCCAAUUAGUGCUAGGCUACCUGUUCCUUCAGUGUGCUAGCCAGUUAGUGCGAGGAUACUUGUGGCCCUUUCCAGUAGACUUGUAAAUCCGUCGCCCGAGUUGGAAAGUGUAAAUUACCCAGCUUUCUUGCGGCUCUUGAGAGAAAUGCAUUCCUUUAGCAACUCAUUCGUACAUGUUGUACGGGUGGGUGUACGAUGAUUUACGAGUCUAAUGGAAAGGGGCAUUGUUUCUCCAGUGCUAUUUAGCCAGUGUGUACGUGUCUGAUGAAACCAGCCCUUCCCCAGGACUCCAUCACAACACCUACUCGAAGGACAGGGAGACUUGGUGGGAACUUCUAAGCUGUUUAACCUCAGUGGAGGAAGCUACUUCACCGGCAAUGAAAACAGCACUGACUAAAUGUGAAUUAUAAAUCAUAUUAUUGUGCAUGUUAUUGUUAUAACAUAUGCGGUGUGGUUUAAUAAUUUGCUAUUUCAGUAUCAACUACACUAAACCUGCAUUCCUGUUAUUCUGGGAGAAUUAAAAGUAUCCCAUUUCACA